UGGGAAGACCGGUUCACGUAGGUGAUGACGUGUUUGGCGACGCGGAUACGUAGGCAGGAGGGUGUCUGGUAGUCUUAAUUUUUAACCAUCAAAAGAGGGAACAUGGUCAAGUAAGCCGACUACAACCACCCAAGAUGGCACCAAGACAUCGCUGAUCAUUAAAGGAACGGGUCUUGUUUACCAGAUCUGUGGAACUUGGACGAUAAGACGUCGUCAGCUGGAGGGUUAACCGGGAAGUGUCACGUCAUCAUAUGGCCAGGUUGAGUAUCCGCUGCCCAGGACUGUCCUGUCAAUGGCGCCCGGUCCCUCUCUCCUCCUCCCCCCAAGUCCCGUGGAUCUCCCAGCCCCACCCCCACCUGGCUGCAUUCCUCAAGUACUUUGUCAUCUUUGGACUCCUCCUGGCCUUCCUCGUACUUCUCACAUUUGCUGUUGUGGAAAGCGACAGGUUCCUCCCGGCAGCGGGAAUAGAUGGCUACAUGCAGAGGAUGGCGUUUGGGGAGGCAACAGACACACGUGACCCCAACCUGUAUUACGGCAUUGUUGUUGACUGUGGAAGUAGUGGAUCGCGUGUAUUUGUUUACUCUUGGCCAAGACACACGGGGAACCCUGCACAGCUUCUUGAUAUACGACAAAUGAGAGACCUCCAAGGAAGACCUGUAGUUAAAAGAAUCACACCAGGUUUAUCCACCUUGGCAAGUAACCCUGAUGAAGCUAGUGCAUAUUUAAAGCCUCUACUGCAAUAUGCUGCAUACCACAUCCCAAGGAACAAACAUAAAGAGACUCCCCUCUACAUCCUAGCAACGGCAGGCAUGAGGAUGCUGUCAGAAAGUGACCAAGAAGACAUCUUGGAUAAUCUGCGAGAAAAUGUCCCGCUAGACUACGAAUUCCUCUUCUCAGACACUCAUGUGGAGGUCAUCUCUGGCAAACAGGAGGGGGUGUACGCUUGGAUAGGAAUCAAUUUUGUGCUGGGCAGAUUCAACCAUGCAGAGGAAGAUGACCCAAUGGUAGAAGUUGAGUUUGACCAGACGAGUCUAAGUGAGCCUUCCCAGCUUCCCUCCAUCCUGCGGAAGCGGACUGUUGGUGUGUUGGACAUGGGUGGCGGCUCGCUCCAGAUUGCCUUUGAAGUGCCUAAAAGUGUAAGAAUUGACAAGGAUGACAUUUCCAAGAGCUUGAUUGCAGAGUUUAACCUGGGAUGUGAUAAGCACCACACGGAACAUGUGUACAGGGUGUACGUCUCUACCUUCCUGGGCUAUGGGAGCAACUCCAUCCUCAAGCUGUACAGGGAGCAGAUGGCUAACAACUCCAGGUCAACAUCAAUCCGGGACCCCUGCCUGCCACGGGACAUGCCACUUGAGCACACCACCCAAGAUGACCGCCACGUCCACUUCAAGGGCACAGGGGACUACAGCGCCUGUCGUAUCAACCUCCAACCUUUCCUGAACAAAACUGUCCCUUGUCAGAAACAACCAUGUUCUUUUAACGGUGUCUACCAGCCAAAUAUAGACUUUAAAAACAGUGAAUUUUAUGGCUUCUCGGAGUUUUGGUAUUCCAUGGAAGAUGUUUUAAGAAUAGGUGGAAAAUAUGAAUAUAAAAAGUUUGAAAAAGCAGCAAGUGAUUUCUGCAGUACAAGAUGGAGUCUCCUGGAGGAUCGGUAUGAGAAGGGGCUGUACCCGCAGGCUGAUGAGUACAGGUUUAGAUCCCAGUGUUUCAAGUCAGCCUGGAUGGCUACCAUCAUGCAUGACGGCUUCAGCUUUCCUACCAACUACAGCAGCCUGCGCUCUGCACAGCUCAUCUAUGACAGAGAGGUCCAGUGGACCCUGGGAGCCAUCCUCUACAGAACAAGAUUUCUGCCCCUCAAGGAAAUCCAAGCAGGAAUCCUCCAACAACAGUCCAGCUACAAGCCCCCCUGGGUCCGUGUGUCUGCACUCACUGGGUACCAGUACAUCUUCUUCCUAUGCUUCGGAAUUGUGGUUGCUGCCAUCUUCUUCUACAUCCGCCGAAUGGGAGGGCGACGGAUUUCACCAGUCAGGUCGCCACUGCACCACGUUCCCUCCAUGUCAUAUUUCAUGGUUGAUGAAGGCAUGGUAUGAAUCAACAGCCCAACAUGGAAUUUGUCUCAUCUCCUGAACUAUAAAAUCUAUACAAGUCUCAGUGCUUGCUCCUUCUGAUCUCCUUGUCUGGCUGUCAAGGACAGGCUGACUGUUUAACAAUCAGAGGUCAUGUAAAAUAUUCACGGAAAAUAUUGUACAUCUGUGCAAAGUUGACCUUGAGGAAAUGUUUCUGCGUCAUCCAAAUAGAGACCAAAAGAUUAGGUGCUAACUCUGCAACAGUUGAUGUCAUUUUCUAUAAAUAGCUGCAACCAUUGUGGAUUCUAAUCUUUACUUGGCUUGACAUCUAUGCUAACCAGGCCAACAUUCAUUGUUACAUAUAAUGUGGAAAUGUUUCUGUCAUUUUAGGCAGAAAUUAAAACACAGAGUUAAGACCUAUUGAAAAGUCUGUUUUCAGGCUAGGCGUAUUUGUCUUGCUUUCUAUUUUUUCGGUAAACAGUGCAAAAUAGAAAGCCAGACAAAAUGCCUAAAAUAUGUCAAAGCAGCCAGAGCUGAACCUUUGCUUGGAGAGCAUGAAAAGUCAUCCACUAUUCCACUCUCUGUAUGUUGUAGCAAACUUUGUAACAUGUUCUCUGCAACAAAUGACCACCUCAUUCUUCUGUGCCACCCAUUGGGUUAAACCCAGAGAUAGUGCAAUAUACCCUGGACAAAAGCCUGUACUAUUCAAAUGUUGAAACAGAGGCAUGUUAUUCUCUUAACUUUCUUUUUUUUUCUUCAUAUGUUCUGAUUAUACAACAGAUGUAUUGUUAUCCUUUUAUUUCUCUACAUUCUGAUAAUACAUCAGAUUUAUGUAUAGAUUAGUCCAUUGUAUGUGCAGAUACAUAAAGUUGGAAUGAAGGUUAUGCAAUACUGUUCAUGAAUAGCAAUUUUCUUUUUCUUUUAACGCAUUAUACUAUACCAGUAGUGCAUUUAUUUAGACUGAAAACUAAUACAUAUCCCACACUAUUAGUGUGCAAUCCUCUGUAGUUUGGGAGAAUGAUAUAAUAUUUUCCACAGUAUUCUUAUAUCCAAUUGUGUCAAACCAAAACUGGUCUGUCUUUCCUUCAAAAUUCAAUGAAAUCAGAAUCAAUGUUCUGUCUCUUGAAAACCUUUGAAAAAAAGCUGCAGAAUUCAAAUCUAAAACCUGAAAGGACUCAAACAGUUUCACUGCCAUAGGAGAAAUCGUGGAAUUUUAAGUUGUACAAAAAGAGCAAUGCAAACUUCAAACAGUUUAUUUUAAAAGACUUACAGAGAAUUUUAUUUUAGGAAAUAGAGGUUGGUUAUGGGACAACAUUCUGUCUCAACAUAGAUCCUUAAAGACAAAGUGUAACAUCCUUGUAUUCAGAAAUACCGGUAUUUGUCAUUACACAGGGAAGUAGUCAAUUCGUACACAUACUACCAUGUUAACAUUUUGGUAUACAUACUUGUACCUCUUUGCUACAACAAUGGUUAUUUUGAUAUUUAGCACGGUACAUUUCAUAUCAUCCAAUCCACCAUGUGUGUACAUGGGUUCUCUGGUACUUUUUGGACUCGUAAGAACCCCCAUUGAUAUAACGUAUGUGCCACUUUGUCUUUUAGGUAAUAUAUUAUUUAUUCAUUGAUGACAGCAUAGGAAGCUGUCAAUAAAUUAUUUAUAAAGUUUUGGGGGUUUAUCAGCACAUUGUGCCCAUGAACUCACAUAACAGUUAAACAUGUAUAGAGUUACUGUCAACUUACCAGGGUAUAGAGCCUUAAAAUUGUUUUGAAUCAAGGAUAUCACCUGUUACUGGCUUAUAGAUUAAGGGGAUCGAGUCAAGUUAGUUGUUCAGAUGUGCUGUUCUCACAUACUGAUAACUCUUUGUAAUUCAUGUACCAUCCCAACUACAAUAAGAUCUGAUUCAAACUAACUAGGAUGGUACAGAGAUCUUUAAAAUAUAUAUGCACAUGUUUGAAAAAGUGUGAAACUCUACAGUGUUACAUGCUUGAAUUAGCAAGCAAGCAAAGACAGUUGGAAAGGCUGUGAAGGACAUGUACGUCAUGUAUCAUUGUCCACAUUCUUGUAGUUGAUUACAAGGUUAUUUAUUCACAACUGUCAUUUCAGUGACUGUUUUGGGCAACAUUCUUGUAGUUCAAAUUGAGGGACCAGUAUCUUUAUGUUGUUACAUUGUAGAAUAAAGUAAUGUUAGUUAUUUUCAAAUAGAAAGUUAGCCACUAGUCUUCAUCAUCUCAUCUUCUAGGAAACCACGUUGGAAGUCUCAUAAUAGUCAAUAUCUUAGCUUUUUAAGCUGUAAGACAUGUCAUGGUGGACAUAUCAUCUGAGAUAUUGUGCUUCACUCUAUAUUGUGGUAUCCACAGCUUAAUAUACAUGUUUAUACCGGAGGUAUGGGAAGUUGCUAUUUAUACCCAAGGACCCCAGUAGUACCACAAAUAAGGUGUAGUAUUUGGUGGAAUCAUGGUCAAUUCUUUUGACCACGAUCUGUGUUUCUGCAUCUGUAUGGUCUCCGCUGUCUUGGAGGAUAAACGAUUUCACCCACCUUCAUAUCUUACAAAAUAAAAAUCUACAUUCUUCAGAA